AAGAAUUUUCAAUAUGAAAUACUUUAUUGCUUUUGUACUCUGUGUGGUAUCGGUGGUCUUUUGUGCUCCUCAGAGCGAUGAACGUCAAGCGGAGAUAUUACGUUUGGAGGCCGAUAACAAUGGUGUGGAUAAAUACAAUUUUGCUUAUGAUACCAGCAAUGGCAUCUCCCGCCAAGAAACCGGUGAGUUGAAAACCACCGAUGAAGGAUCUGCCAUAGUUGUACGUGGUUCAAGCUCCUGGACUGCUCCUGAUGGUAAAAAAUACGAAAUAUCCUUUUAUGCUGAUGAAUUUGGAUAUCAUCCAUCCUUCAAACAACUUGCUUAGAUGUG